CCUGGACUCUGGGCCUCCCUGCCCGCCCCCUUCCCCGGUUCCUUCUCGAGCCUCGCUCAGGGCUAGGAGCGAGCAGUUCUCCUCCCCGCGUCCCUCCCUCUCUCUCCAGCCUUUUUGGGGAGGGGCUUUCCACGCUCCGGGGAGUUUCCAAGGGUCGCCAGCGCCGCGCUUGCCUUUCCAUUUCGCCUUCACCUGGAUAUAAUUUCCAAGCGAAGCUGCCCCCAGGAUGACCACGCUGGCCGGAGCUGUGCCCAGGAUGAUGCGGCCGGGCCCGGGGCAGAACUACCCGCGCAGCGGCUUCCCUCUGGAAGUGUCCACUCCCCUCGGCCAGGGCCGUGUCAACCAGCUUGGUGGCGUAUUUAUCAACGGCAGGCCGCUACCCAACCACAUCCGCCACAAGAUCGUGGAGAUGGCCCACCACGGAAUCCGGCCCUGCGUCAUCUCCCGCCAGUUGCGUGUGUCCCACGGCUGCGUCUCUAAGAUCCUGUGCAGGUACCAGGAGACAGGUUCCAUCCGUCCUGGGGCCAUUGGCGGCAGCAAGCCCAAGCAGGUGACAACGCCUGACGUGGAGAAGAAAAUUGAGGAAUACAAAAGAGAGAACCCGGGCAUGUUCAGCUGGGAAAUUCGAGACAAAUUACUUAAGGACGCUGUCUGUGAUCGAAACACUGUGCCCUCAGUGAGUUCCAUCAGCCGCAUCUUGAGGAGUAAAUUCGGGAAAGGCGAAGAGGAGGACGCUGACCUGGACAGGAAGGAGGCCGAGGAGAGCGAGAAGAAGGCGAAACACAGCAUCGAUGGCAUCCUGAGCGAACGAGCCUCAGCACCGCAAUCAGAUGAAGGCUCCGACAUCGACUCCGAACCAGACUUGCCACUAAAGAGGAAACAGCGCAGGAGCCGAACCACUUUCACAGCAGAACAGCUUGAAGAGCUGGAGCGAGCUUUUGAGAGAACCCACUACCCUGAUAUUUAUACCAGGGAGGAGCUGGCACAGAGGGCGAAGCUCACCGAGGCCCGGGUCCAGGUUUGGUUUAGCAACCGCCGUGCGAGAUGGAGGAAGCAAGCUGGGGCCAAUCAGCUGAUGGCCUUCAACCAUCUCAUUCCGGGGGGAUUCCCUCCCACUGCCAUGCCGACCCUGCCAACAUACCAGCUGUCGGAGACAUCUUACCAGCCCACAGCUAUUCCACAAGCCGUGUCGGAUCCCAGCAGCACUGUUCACAGACCUCAGCCGCUUCCUCCAAGCACCGUACACCAAAGCACUAUUCCUUCGAACCCAGACAGCAGCUCUGCCUACUGCCUCCCCAGCACCAGGCAUGGAUUUUCCAGCUAUACAGACAGCUUUGUGCCUCCGUCUGGGCCCUCCAACCCCAUGAACCCCGCCAUUGGCAAUGGCCUUUCACCUCAGGUAAUGGGACUCCUGACCAACCACGGUGGCGUACCCCAUCAGCCCCAGACCGAUUAUGCUCUCUCCCCUCUCACCGGCGGCCUGGAACCUACCACCACGGUGUCGGCCAGCUGCAGUCAGAGACUAGACCAUAUGAAGAGCUUGGACAGUCUGCCAACAUCUCAGUCCUACUGUCCACCCACCUAUAGCACCACGGGCUACAGUAUGGACCCUGUCACAGGCUACCAAUAUGGGCAGUAUGGACAAAGUGCCUUUCAUUAUCUCAAGCCAGAUAUCGCUUGGUUUCAAAUUCUUUUGAACAUAUUGGACAAAAGCAGUGGAAGAAAGGAAGGCUCGGAACGGUGAAAAGACAAAUGCAACAUUUUAAGGCAAUGAUUUAACGUGGUUACACAUCAAAUAGCCCAACUCUUUAGUGCUGAUGAUCAAGGAGCUAAAACAUUCCAUCUGUGUGUGUGUGUGUGCGUGCGUGUGCGUAUGUCCCUGUGUGUGAGAUUUAUCUGGACUGGUUCAGGCAAGCAGAAUGUUCUAAACUAUUGUUGGAAAGUACUCUGAAGUAUCACGUGUUUGAUGUUCAAUGCUGACACUCCUACAGUUGUAAAACUGCUCCCGUAACGAAGCAGGAAUGGAGGAAUCCUUGACUUUUUUACACACUGGAAAUGGAUAUAAAAAAUCAAUGGCACCAUUUUUUAGGAAGUUAGACUAGAUGUAAAGGACCUCCCAAAUAAAUUAUUUGUGAUCUUAUCCUCAUUUGUAACCCAGUUGUCAAUAAAUGUCCCCGGGGGCGGACAGCCUUGCGGACAGGAUAUGGGAUAACGGAAAGGAAAAGUUUGUUUUCUUUCUUGGUGUGGGGAGAGGUAGGCGACAUUGUCCCAGUUCAUUUUCAUUUUGAAGCCAGCCUGGC